AUGGCGGAGCUCAAUGCAGCCAGACGCAUCGUUACAGUACAUAGCGGCACCAGCUGCUGCUGCAGCACCAACAGCAGCAGCAACAGCAGCAGCAGCAGCAGCAGCAGCGGCUGCAGCAGCAGCUGCUGCAGCAGCAAUGGGGAACUAGAAAACAGCAUCAUCGCUUUUGUUACUCAUCAGCGGAGAACUAGGAGACAGCAGCAGCAGUAUCAUCAGCAGCAACUCCUUAAACACCAGAGACGAAUCUAUAUGCAGCAGCAAGCUCUAAGACACUAUCAUGAGAGGUGCAUUGCUCAGCAAGCAGCUGCUGCUGCUGGUGCAGCAGCAGCAGCAGCAGCAGCAGCAAAAUCCAGACGCCGGCCUGUUGCUGCAACACCCACACAAGGCCCAGCAGCAAACACAAGUACUCUUGCUGCACCAGCUGCAGCAGCAGCUCUACCUGUAGCUGCUGUUGCUGUACCUCUGCCAACGAAAACCCCUGCAGCAGCAGCAGCAGCAGCAGCAGCAGCAGCAGCAGCAACCCCAGCAGCAGCAGCUACAGGAGUGCUGCUACCAGUAGCAGCAGGCGUACCAGUACCAGCUGCAGCAGCAGCCCCCGCAGCCCCCUCCACCACAUCAGCAGCAGCUGCAGCAGCAACUGCUGCUGAGUGCAGCAAGGGGCCUGGCAGCAGCAGCAAACAACAGACACUGCGGCGGGGGAUAUCUGAGAUCAGUGCAUGCUCAACAGCAGAGUCUGUUCGCUUCUCAGCCCUAAAACUCAUGGGGCAGCAGCAGGUAUCGCUGCAGCAGCAGCGGCAGCAACUGCAGCAGCUGCAGCAGCAGCAUCAACAACAGCAGCGGCAGCAGCAGAGCUUUGCUGCACACCCACAAGAAGCUAUACCAGCAGCACCCUAUAAGCCUGUGCUGCAGCUCACUCCUUUUGGUGCUGCUCUCAACACAGAUUCCUCCACCCGGUUGUCGUGGCAGCAGCAGCAGCUGCUGCUGCUGCAGCAGCGAGAAGGCUGGAGACAGCAGCAGCAAACCCACAGCCGCGAGAGCCCCCUCCGCUAUGGGCUCCAACGCCGCCGCUCCCUCGAGUCCCCAACCACAGAAAGAGACAGACGGAUGGCGUUCAACAACUUCUUAACACUGCAGCAGCAGCAGCAGCAGCAGCAGCAGCAGCAGCAGCAGCAGCAGCAGGGUGAGGAUACUGCUAGGAGAGGGCCCGCAGGGCCCCCUGCAGGCCUCUUUUGGUCUUACGACGCAUCGGACCAUCUCGGCAAGGGGCAGCAUCUGCUGCAGCAGCUGCAACAGCAGCAACUGCAGCAGCAGCAACAACAGCAGCAGCAGCAGCAAAUUGCUGCUCCUAUGGAUGAACUCAGUCGACAGCGAAGUGUCUCCGCUUUGUCUCCUCGGAUUGUCGCCGCGGCAGAGCAGCAAACGCAGGGAGUGCAGCAGCAAGCGCUGGCUUUGCUGCCGCAAGAGCUGCAGCAAGAGCUGCAGCAGCAGCAGCAGCAGCGCAGAGUCACACAUGCAGCAGCCAGUAGCAGCUCAGAGCAGCACCAGCAGCAAACCAACAGCAACAGCUCCCAAGACCCGAAGACGCCGCGUCAAGACACAGAAGCAGCUGAAGCAGCAGCAGCAGCAGCAACAGCAGCAGCAACGGCAGCAGCAGCAGCAGCAGCAGAAGAAGAGGCUGCGUAUCCCUCUCCUGCUGCUGCUUGUGUUCGUUGGAUCCGCUCGGGCUUGGACGCCGUGGCAGCCUUGGCGACUCCUCGGCUGGUGCAGCGGCUGCCAGAAGCAGCAGAACAGCAGCAGCAGCAACAGCAGCAGCAGCAGCAGCAGCAGCAGCAGCAGGACUUCAUACGCUUCUGGGGAGACAGAGACAACGAGGAGACAGCCGAGGCCGCUUGGCGGCGGGCUGUCGAUGCUGCAGCGGCGAUGCUAGGUGGUCUGAUACCCCAAGACAACCCAGUGUCUCCUCAGCCUCGCAGCAGCAGCAGCAGCAACAGCAGCAGCAGCAGCAGCAGCAGCUGUAGUGCUGCUUCUUCUGAUGCUGCUGAUCCAGGCCUCGGCAACACAACCACCAGGCGCUGUCUGCGGGUGGGGCUGGCGGCUCCUGCUGCUCGCAGCAAACCCCCACAUAUAUCAGACGAUGCCGGUGCAGCAGCAGCAACAGCAGCAGCAGCAACAGCAGCAACAGCAGCAGCAGCAGCAGCAGAAGCAACAGAGAUAGGAACGAACCAGCAGGCUGCAUGCACUGUCUCUUCAACAGAAAAUCACGAGGAGACAAAGACACCGCUGGAGGGGACACCUGCUACGGCGAGAGGAGACAGAGACAGAGACACUUUCUGGCGCAGCAGCAGCAGCAGCAGCAGCAGCAGCAUGAGCAGGAGAGAAAACCAGAACGACAGAAACAUCUGCAACAGCAACGGCUUCUGUAACUCCAGCAGCAGCAGCAGCAGCAGCAGCAGCAGCAGCAGCAGAGGACCCCAAGCCCAAGGAGACGGGGCGAAGCAGUACAGCAGCAACGCCCCGAUCGCAGAUUCAUUCUCCCCCCCCCUGCGCGAGGGCAGAACCCAGCAGCAGCAGCAGCAGCAGCAGCAGCAACAGCAGCAGCAGCAGCAACAACAGCAGCAGCAGCAGCAGAUGCCUAUUGUCCCCCCUCUGUACCUGGGGGAGCUGCCUAUCCACAGCUACAACCCCAGUAGGUGCGUGACAGAGAGACAAUACAGCAACAUAAGCGACAGCAACAGAAGCAGCAGCAGCAACAGCAGCAACAGCAGCAGCAACGCGCAUCAUAUAGAAACAGUAUCCGAUGGCACAUCAGCCCGUUGGGGAGAAGCAUCGCCUGCAGCAACUCGCAGCAUAUACUGCAGCAGCAACACGCCCGCAGCCCCACACGAUAGGAGCAGCAGCAGCAGCAGCAGCAGCAGCAGCAGCAGCGACAGCAGCAAAAACAGAAGCGGCGGCGAUCAGAGCCGAACAUUGUCCGCAGCGUUACCAGCCAGCAGCAGUAACAGCAGCAGCGAUGACUCCAGCAACAGCAGCAGCAGCAGCAGCAGCAGCAGCAGCAGCAGCAGGAACAUGUAUCAGCCGCCACGAAGGACACUGUAUGCUGCAGAGAUUUUCUGUACGCCUCGUCGUCCCCACCCGGUGGACUUGCUGCAGUAUGCCCCGCUUGCUGCUGCUGCUUCUCCCGUGUGCAGCAGCAGCAGCAGCAGCAGCAGCAGCAGCAACGCUGGCACAGCUGCAGCAGCAGCAGCAGCAGGAACUACCCUGCAAGAGACAGGAGACAGUGUCUCUGCAGCGAGGGCUGACGGUCAUCCAACACUGCAGCGGCUGAGCAUCAGUGAUGUUAUGCUGCUGGCGCAGCAGCAGGAGCUGGAGAGACAGCAGAGACACCUGCAGCAGCAGCACAGAGAGCUGCAGCUGCAGCAGCUCGAAAUCGAGUUCAAACGGAGACAGCGCGAGAAGCAGCAAAAGGAGCUGCAAAUGCUGCAGCUACAGCUACACCAGAAACGUGCAAUCCGCCUCAUGCAGCAGCAGCAGCAGCAGCAGCAGCAACAGCAGCAGCAGCAGCAGCAGCAGAGGCCUACGUCGGUGAUGAAGCAGCAUCGUGCUCACCAUGACGCCAACCAGCAGCAGCAGCUGCUGCAGCUGUCUCCUCUUAGCAGCAGAACUCCUCGGGUGCUGCCUGUGGGCCCAUCAGAUGCUGAAGAACAGCCUACAGCCCCCACAGCAGCAACAGCAGCAACAGCAACAGCAGCAGCAACAGGCAUCAGCACCUUCUCUAGCAGCAGCAGCAGCAGCAGCAGCAGCAGCAGCAGCAGCGCAAGCAGCAGACAUGGUGGGGUUGUCCCUCGCCUGCAGCUCACACACGUGAUAGCCCCCAACCUCUUGGCUGGGGGCGUAGCAACAACAGCUCCCCCAACAGCAGCAGCAGCAGCAGCAGCAGGAGCAGGAGAGAACAGCGGGUGCAGCAGCUUUCGGGCAGCAGCAGCAACACCGGUUACAGCGAGGGGCGCUGCAGUGCCUGUCUCCUUAGGAGGCUGCAACGCGUCUGCUGCAGCUGCAGAUACACCCCAAGCUGUCUCCGUUAACCCCACAGAUCCAACCAACCCCGCAUACUACUACCACCGGUACAGAGGAGACACGUCGAGGGGCCAGCAGCAGCAGCAGCAGCAGCAGCAGCAGCAGCAGACGGAAACCCCACUCUCUGCAGCUGCAGCAGCUGUCUCCUUCUUACACCGUCUCAUCACGAACCCGCUGCAGCAACUGCAGCAGCUGCAGCAGCAAACCAAUGCUGCAGCAACAACAAUAGCACCCCCCCCCACCGGCGUCAUUGUCCAUCAGCCGCGCGAGCAACCCCAAGAACCGGAGCAGCAGCAGCAGCAACAACAGCAGCAGCAGCAGCAGCAGCAGCAGCAACAGCAGCAGCAGCAGCAGCUGCUGCAGCAAUCUUUAGGCUCGUACGGCAGCUGCUCCGCACACAACAGGGGACUUAACGAGCGCUAG